AGAGCUACGCACAAUGCCGCGUCAGUUCCUUGUUGGAUGCGGUUGUGCUGGGCGCUAGUGGACGGUCCUUGGUGCUGAAUCGUGUUAUUUUCUUCUUAUACCGUGCUUUUUCUCAAGGGUUGGUGAUGACUGAGACUGUCGAAUACGACCUUCUUCUAAGUGCCGUUUCUCCGAAGUAGUCUUCAAGCUGAAUACCGUCUUCUUCAUUCUUUCCGUAAACUGAUCCCGUGCGUCUCAACUCGGCGGCAGUGAAAUUCAAUGCGGGCUCCAGCACGCUGAAUAUAAAUGCCCUAAAUGCAUGCAACGAAGAAGACCCCUGCGCCCGUAGCUACCAAUGUGAUGCAUCUACACAAAAGGAAGACUAGUCCAAAAAGAUGGGGAAUAAGCAAACGAUAUUUACUGAUGAACAGCUCGACGCUUACCAGGAUUGCACUUUCUUUACACGGAAGGAAAUUCUCAGAUUGCAUGGAAGAUACCAUGAGCUGGCACCUAAUUUAGUGCCAAUGGAUUACACUAAUGAUCCUGAUGUUAAACUCCCCCUGCAACUUAUAAUCAACAUGCCAGAGCUCAAGGAAAACCCCUUCAAGCAGAGAAUCGUAGAGGCCUUCUCAGAAGAUGGACAGGGGAACCUUAGCUUCAAUGAUUUUGUUGACAUGUUCUCUGUGCUCAGUGAAAUGGCCCCCAGGGAACUGAAAGCCAUCUACGCUUUUAAGAUCUAUGAUUUCAACACAGACAACUUUAUCUGCAAGUCAGAUUUGGAACAAACCCUAAAUAAGCUGACCCGGGAUGAGCUUACAGCAGAAGAAGUGAAUUUGGUAUGUGAGAAGGCUAUUGAGGAGGCGGACCUGGAUGGAGAUGGCAAGCUUGCAUUUACUGAUUUUGAAAACAUGAUCUCCAGAGCACCUGACUUCUUAAGCACGUUUCAUAUCCGUAUCUGAGGGCUCUGGUACUUGGGACUGACAGAUUUUAUGUCGAAUGAAGAAGUGUUGCCGACAGACACACUGCCCUUCACUUCUCCCACACGGAAAAUGGUUUGGGAGCCACAGGGAAGAGAAAAGAUUCAGAAGCCCACCGUUUUCUCGAGGCAGAGGCAAAUGCAUGUUCAUUUUGGUUUGCUUCUUUCUUCCUCUGUGCAAUAUGUGGUCCUGCUGAGGCCUGAAGAAAAGGUGGCGCAUUUGUUCAAGGUGGUCUCGGCAGGCAGCUUCCCGGUGCAUUGGCGGCACCUCUUUUUGCUAUACAGUAUCUGCUGCCUUUGAAGAUAUCUUUACUGAAUUUUCUUAACAUACCAGGUUUUCUGGACAGACAAGGGCUGAAAGUGACUUACUUGAAAAGAAUCCUCCUUUCACUGGUAUGCAUCCUAUAAAAUGGAAAUAGCAAAAAAAAAAAAGUACAAACAAAAGCACAGCAUUGGCACCAAGGACAAAAGAGACACAUUUAUAAGAGCUAUGCAAUUCUCCUCUACAAAAUGCAUGAAGGCAAACGCAUUGUGUGUCCUCUUCAUUCCAGUGUCGCUGGAGCAUGACGACAAUCACAUGGACCUGAUCUCCAGUCGAAGGAAGGGCUCUCUCUCUAUCUUGCUCCCUCACUGCCUGUUGCUGUUCUCAUGCUUCUCUCAUUCCUCUUUUACUUGUCUUCUUGCGUUUCCACUAUUUGUUGAGCUAAACUUGGAAUAUAUAAACUUUCUGUUGCUUGUACACUAAACAAAUGUCUUUUGAAAGCA